CCCCGCAGGCAGUGCGCAGGCCCGGGCCGUGCGGUGCGCUGCCGCCCGGCAGUCGGGCAGGCGGGCGGCCAUGUGGGUGUUCGGGUACGGCUCCCUCAUCUGGAAGGUGGAUUUCCCCUACGAGGAGAAGAUGGUGGGGCGCAUCCUGGGCUACAGCCGCCGGUUCUGGCAGGGCAGCACGGACCACCGCGGCGUGCCGGGCAAGCCUGGAAGAGUUGUGACUCUGGUGGAAGAUCCUGAGGGGUGUGUAUGGGGUGUUGCUUACAGAUUGCCACCUGGACAAGAGUGUGAAGUGAAGGCAUACCUGGACUUCAGAGAGAAAGGAGGCUACAGGACUACAACUGUCAUUUUCUACCCCAAAGACUCCUCAGUAAAGCCAUUUGAUGUCCUGCUCUACAUUGGCACGUGUGACAACCCUAACUACCUUGGUCCUGCUCCUCUGGAGGAGAUUGCGGAACAGAUUGUGAAUGCAGUUGGUCCUAGUGGAAGAAACACAGAAUACCUGUUUGAACUUGCCAAUUCCAUGAGAAACCUUGUACCAGAUGAUGUAGAUGAGCACCUCUUCUCCUUAGAGACACUAGUAAAGAAGCUCUUGGAAAAGCAUCAAAACCUCAACAGUCUAUAAAAUAGUUUAUUUCCUUUAGUGAUCUUGCUUCAUCUUCAGAGGAAUGGUUUCAUUGCACAAUGGGUGUAUGGCUUGGAGGCGUAUCCAAAGUACAUAUUUCUCUGUAGUAUGCUAUCUUAUUCAGAAUAGUAGUUGGUCAUUAAAACACAUCAUUACAAAAAAAUAAUUCUUCCAGGAGUCAGUAGGAAGAGGAGCAGGGGAAGUGUUUUAGGUUUGAAUUUGGUAUAUUGGGGUUUUAUCCAAAGACUACAUCUUUCUGAAAAGCUCAAGAGAACUCUUUCUUUGAGGGUUCUCUUUGUUUGAAGAUUUUAAUUAUUAUUUCAGGUUUAAAAGAAAUAUUUAGAGUGUUUUUAAGAUGUAAGUCUGCCUUUAAAUACAACUCCCAUUGAUUUAAGUGAUAGUUCUGAUUCCAGAGCAAAGGUGUGGAGCUCCGUGCAGCUAAAGAGAUGAACAUUAAGUAAUAGUUGUAAAUUGCAUAGUAAAUGCACAUUAGAACAUUUACCUCAUCAAAGUUCAGCUUCACUGAAAUGAAGGUAUUCCACUGAAUGAGUCAUGUUACUCUUUACAUAUUAGUUUGUCCUUCAACACAGAGGAUAAACCAUGUCAUUGUCAAGGAAAUACUUCUUUCCCUUGGCUCUUGUCAAGCCCCUAAAAGCCAAAGCACAGGAGACUUGGACACAAACAAGCCAUAACAUAUCAGUGCCUCAUUUUAGUUUUUCAUAUAAAGAAUAAAGCCAAAAUGUUAAAGUUUAGAGUAUGACUUGAAGUCCCAAUGCAGCAAGAGCAUUCAGAAACUCUCAUCUUUGUUACCUGCCUUUAGAUGCUGUUGUAACCCGUCUCUUAAAGAAAUCACCAUGUCUGAGGGUAGACUUUAAGCCAGUACUUUUCAGCUGCUGUUUCAGGGAUUCAUGGACAAAAGGUACUUAAGAAAGGAACCCUCUUUUCAGUGUGUUAUACAGGCAUCCACAGGAAGAGGGUUGGGAAGCCACCAGUUCAGGCUGGCAGGUUUCCUUCGUGCAAAACAGAAGCAAAUGGAGUUUCCGUCCAACACAGACUUGUUUUGCUUCUCAGAAAUCUUAGUUUUGUUCAUUUUUAACAAAGUAUAUUUUUGUAUGUUAAUAUAGGAAAGGUUCUAUUUCAAACACCAUGUAACGUCACAUGUUCUCACACAGAGGAUGUCUAAGUGUUUAGUAGUAGCUUGGAAGCCUCUAUUUUGCAUCAGCGAUUGCAAACCCCGUAUGUUUCUACUGUGCAGGUUGUCCCUUUCUCUUCUUUACAUUUUCUUGUUUUAUAUUUGUAAUUGUUUGAAAAUACCAGGGUUAUCAGAAUAAGAAGCUGCUAUACUUUUACUUGGCCACCUACAAAAGCCAACAAGAACACACAUGAAUAUUAAUAGGAAAUAUUUGGGAAGGGCAGCUGGAUGAGUAGAAAAUAGGAUCUUAAAACCUAAAUUUGAGAUAAUUAGACCACUUACGAUAUUUAACCAAAAAGCUGUGUUUUUAACAUACCAGAUUGUGAUUUUAGGGUGUCUCUGGCAUCUCUCAAGCAUUGAUUCAUUGAGGGGGGAAAAAUAUUAGUUUUUUGGAAGCGACUGUUCACUAUUAAUAGGGUACCUGAUGGGGUAUCACUUGAUGGGCUACUCUGCCCUGCAGAAGCAAAUCCUCUGAUUGUAUUGGCAAAGUACUUUAAUGUACUGAGCCCCCAUUUUUCCAUUAGGAUAUGAGUUACUUGCAAACUGAUGGAAUAUCCUUUGAAGGUCUUGAUUCUCCACUGCACUGUGCUGGUUUAAGGUUGAUAUAACUGAGUGGAAAAGCAACCCCAACUCAAUCAGUGGUACAGCAGGAGAGGAACAGGAUCAGAACCUCCAGGUUGAUAGCCCUCAAGAUUCCCAAAGCAGGAGCUGAGUGACUUCAUGCACCACAGAUGGACAGGGAAAACCAUCAGCAUUAAUGAACAUGCUCCUUUACACGUGUAUUUAUUCACCUGGACUUAAGGAGUAACUCUUAAGUGUUGCUGGAUACUUCACUGUUACUAGAAGGUUACUUAUUAUUUAUUUCGAGCAUAUUUAAGUGUUGAAUAGUACCCUCAAAAAACCCCAACCAACAACAGCACUUCCUUUCUUGUGUUUGCUUCAGAUUUAAGCAAGCUGUAGUAAAGUUAACACAUGUACAAUGACACAUCCACUCUUAAAAUUCUUUCCUCAAAGACUUAUCCUUGUUCCUUAAAACAGGGCAGGGGAUGCUUCCACUCACUAUGAUCCCAAAACAUCAGUGAUGAUUCCCUCUUUAAAACUCCAGUUAUUUAAGCACUGUGUCAGGGCAUUGUGAUUAUGUAUGGCUCUCCAUUCUGUAUCGUUAAUUGCAUUAUUGGUUCAUUUCCUUUCCUGACUUACAAGACUUACAACAAUAUCUGUAACAAAACAUUCCAGUUUGUGCAUACAACUUCAGUACAAUAAAAAUGCAUCUCAUUUACUAAUGGUGUUGCAGAAAGAUUUCCAGAAGUGUUAUGUUUAUUUAGAGUGUAUCCAUAGUAGGAUGGACAUCAAUGUGUGUUUUAGUUCAUCUUGUUAGAAAGUGCUGUUAGGUCUAAUGGUGAAAAACAACAUUCAAGAGCUGGCUACUGUUAGGCAGUCUUGAACUGUGUCAGCAUUAGGGGCUAAUUACAGCACUGGAAGUACACUUUUGUUCUUGCUGUGAGGGGUCUGAGCCACGACUCUGCCCACAGCUUCAAUCCCCAACAAAAGCCCAAUCUACUUUCAGGUCUGUUGCUCACCACAAGAAAAAAAUUAACAUUCACUUUUUGUGUGCCAUAUAUGCUGAAUUUUCUCACUAAAUCUAAAUUUGUGCCAAGUUAUGGCGAUUUUAGAUAAGUUUUCAUUGUAAAGCCACACGCACAAAGUUACCCCUAAACUCGCUUCUGAACAAUUUCUAAGGCCAUUUGUAGGAAAAGGAACUUGCUCAGCAGUUGGUCAAGAUACACCCUCCCUGUGAUGGUGAAAGGAGUUAGCACCGAGCAGUACACACACUGAUAUAGCUGUGAAUUCCCUUGGAAUCUCCCAAAUAAAAGUCCCAUGUUAAUUUAAGUUACAG